AUGUCAUUUGUCAAGGACAGGUGCGACCCUCAGGGGGAUGCUCGUCUUCGGCGGUGGCUGGGCUUCUCGAGUACCGGAGUUGCAAUUCCAUCGAUUUCAAUCCCUUUUGGCGGAUACCAACACUCACGUUUGAGAAACGGAUGCUGGGAGGCUGGCCCCUGUUGUGUGAUCGAGGGGAGAAAUGGAUGGCGUCGGAACAUCUAG